AGCUACCUCUGCUGCUUUCUGCAGAUUUGCCUCACAGGUAUGCUGGUUGCGAGUUAAAGUGGAGGCUACGAGAUCCGACAGAUUACAAUCCUUGUGGCUAGCGAUUGUUUUCAGCCGCUUUCAAUCAGCUAGAGUUUAAGGUUUAUCGUGCCGGUGCCAGCAAAUUGACUGUUUCUGUCGACAAGCCAACUGCGGAGUGGAGCGCUCGUUGCGUCCCAUUAUCCAGUUCUCAGAGAGAGCUUUCCAGUUUUCUGAUACUGAAAGGUAAUCGCAUAAUUACCUACACUUGGCACCGGGUGAAGAAUGAAGAAAUUGUACAAGACACUCUUUGAAAUGAUUCUGCUCAUGAUGGUCGGGUCUUUUGGUAUACUCUUUCUACUGUGCAGUCCAAAGGAAUCAGCCACACACAGCCACGUUCAAAAGGCUGCCCUCAGGCGUGUACUCCUCCCAAAGUCUACCGUGACCAAAGCCAAGAUAACAAAAACGGGAUCCGUCUGCAAAGUAAAUGCCUCCGUUCUCCAGCUUCCCGGCUUCUCUGAGCAGCUAGCCCACAUCCAGGACUAUCUGAAAUACAGGCAUUGCCGGGCAUUUGAACUGCUCCGCAACCUUCCUGACAAAUGUAGGGAGGAAGUCUUCUUGUUGCUGGUGGUAAAAUCCAACCUGUUCAACUAUAAUCAGAGGGAGAUGGUGAGGAAGACGUGGGGCAAGGAGCGGGAGAUACAAGGGGUAAGAAUCCGAAGGAUCUUCAUCGUGGCCCAGACCCCAAACCUGCAGGAACGGGGUAAAGCGAACCAACUGUUGGAAAUAGAAAACAAGGAGCACCAGGACAUCCUGCAGUGGGAUUUCCUGGACUCCUUCUUCAAUCUAACCCUCAAACAGUAUCUGUUCCUCCAAUGGAUGGAUGAUUACUGCCCAUCCGCCCAGUUUAUCUUCAACGGUGAUGAUGACGUCUUUGCUAACACUGACAACAUGGUGGAGUUCCUGUUGUCCUCUGGGUCGGGCCAGAAGCAUCUGUAUGUGGGAUACCUCAUUUAUGGCGGCGGGCCUAUACGUGAGAAAUGGAGCAAGUAUUUCAUCCCCGAGAUAGUGACCACCUCAAAAUCCUACCCAUCUUAUGUUGCGGGAGGGGGCAUACUCAUGUCGUACUUCACCUCCAAAGCCAUCUACAAAGCUUCCCAGACUCUGGAGCUGUAUCCCAUCGAUGACGUGUUCUUUGGGAUGUGCCUGGAAAAGGCUGGACUGAGCCCGAAGUCGCACAUGGGCUUCAGGACGGCUGGUGUCAGAGAUCCAUCUUCGAAUCGCAUAUCCUUUGAUCCCUGCUUUUACCGCGAGCUCCUGCUCGUCCACCGCUUCUGCCCUUACGAGUUGUUGCUCAUGUGGAAAGCAGUUCAUGACCCCAACCUGAAGUGUAGCCUAUCGCAGGACACCCCAACGUAGCGGACCUGCUGCCAUCUCAACAAGUCGGUUCCACCUCCUAAACACAGAGAAACCAACCUUAACGGCCGUGGACCUGAGGCUUCAAAGGAACGUUGGUGCCUCUCGAGAUUGGUUGGAGUUUUUCUACCAGUGAUUGACUGGGAGUUGUGAGUUUUGCACUGGGAUAGUUGCGAAUUCCUCGCCUCCACAAUGUACUGACUUGAUUUGUCACAUUGCCAUUUAAUUGUCAGUCUCGUUGAGACUCUAUCUCUGAGGUUUACUCUGUGAAUGGUCUUACAUCUGUACAGUAGUGAGACUUUGGGAGGGGGUGGGCUGUCGUGGCUGGGGUGUGUGGGAGGGGAUUGGGGGGAGAUACGGUGGGGAGAGAGAUACAGGGGAUGUUGGUAUAUUAAUUCUAGACACCAUUCUCCUGCGAAUGAUACAACUUGGGGAACAUGAGAGCAAAUAUUGCUUAUUGCCCUGCUUUUUAAAAAAAUAUACAGUAUAUCAUGAAAACUUAAA